CAGGAAAGUUGAAUUGACUAUAAACAGUCUUACAAAAUUGCCAACAUAAUAAUAAAAUAAAUAGCAAAAAAAAUAAUCUUGUUAACUAGAAUCAGAAUUAAUUUAAUGAUGAUUAGAACAAAAUUAUUCAUAUAUACAUAUAUAGUUAAAUUAUUUGGAGCACAAAUGUGUGUUUUUUAUUGUCGAAAAAAAUAAUGGAGAUAAUACUAUAUGUGAUGAAGUUAAAUACAAAUGAGACUGUGUGCAAUGAUGAUGUGACUAUACAGACAGGUAAAUAGUCAGGUAAAGGGGUCUCCCAUUGUGAUUGGAGAAGGUGGAUAGUAACGGUGGCAGGGGGGAGCGAAAGUGAAGCCGCGACCAAGAAUGGCCAGGAGAGGUAACACACAGCCAAGGCCUUCGCGGUAUAUUUCUCACACGUAACAUCAACUCACGUCAAACCACGCGUUUAUUUUUCCAAGUGUAUUUUUUAUCAAUUUAUUUUACAAAUCAUGUUUCAACAAUAUUCAAGUGUUUAAAAUUAAUUUUUUAAAUUUAAUAUUAUCAAUUUUAUUUAGUGGAAAUGAAUAAAAUUGUUGUGAUUAAUUUUGGGUGAUAGUAAUAUUUAGAAAAUUUAUAUUAACAUGACGAGCUGUGCCCUUCGAAAGUUGCAGUGAUUCUCAAAAUUAAAGUCAUUAUAAAUUUUAUAAAACUACUAUUACGAUAUAGUAAAGAAUUUUCUAUAAAGAAAAAAAUUUCUAACCAGUUUCGAUAUAGUAUUUUUUUACCAAGUAUAGAUGUUGAUUAAAAAAAAAUUUACUGCAAAGGAAUGUUGAUGUUGGUAACAACUUUUGACAGCAAGAUUUGUUUUUUUUUUUUUUUUUACGUUACUGAGGUAAUUCAGUGACGUAAGCAACAUCUGAUUUGUGAAAAUAAAUAAGUUGAAUUUUAUAUAAAAUACGAAUAUGACGAGAAAAUUGAGUAAAUUUUUAAUUCUUUUUGAUAAUACAAAUUUAUUGUAUUUUCCUGGACAUUUUUUAUCAGGACGAGUACUUGUUGAACUCGAUGAUGAAGCAUAUGUAUCUGGAUUACAUUUUCAUGUGAUUGGUGAAGGUGUUGUUCGUCUACGUAGUCAUCGAGCAGAGAGAGUUUAUGAUAAAGAAAAUUACAUUGAUUUUCGUAUGCGUCUUCUUGGCGAGCCAGGUGAAGGACCAUCACUGCUAUCACCAGGUAUCCACAGUUUUCCUUUUAAGCUAGGUUUACCACUUGGUCUACCAUCAACAUUCCUGGGUAAACAUGGAUGGGUACAGUAUUAUUGCAAAGCUGCACUUCGUGAACCAGGUGGUCUUACUCACAAAAAUCAACAAGUAUUUAUUGUCAUGAAUCCCAUUGAUUUGAAUUUAGAACCACCAAUUCUUGCUCAACCAGCUAGACUUGAAGUUGAACAACGUGUUGGUGUAUCAUGUGUAUCUGGUGGUCCUGUAUUUUGUAGAGUUAGCCUAGAUCGUGGUGGUUAUGUUCCUGGUGAAACAAUUGGAAUUUCAGCAACAGUUAGCAAUCGAAGCAAAGUGACAAUGAAGUCAACAAAGGCCUCACUUACUGAAACAAUACAGUACAUGUGUCGUGGUAAAGUACUUGCAAGUGAAACAAGAGAACUAGCAAGUGUAUCACGUGGUAAAAUACGACCUGGUGAAGGUGAAGAAUGGCUUAAUGAACAAAUGUAUGUACCACCACUUCCACCAACUAAUUUACGAGGUUGUCAUUUGAUUAAUGUUCUUUAUCAUGUUUAUUUUGUUAUAAGCCCAAAAAGUUUGGAUAAAGAAAUAAAAUUACAAAUACCAAUUGUCUUGGCAACUUAUCCAUUGAGACAAGAAGGAGCACCAGCUGGUACUGCUCCAUCAAAAAGAGGUGCACAUUAUCCAUCAACAUUACCAAUAUUUAGACCUUGGCUUGAUGAUAAAGCUUUUCAAGUUCAAGAAUAAAUUAUUAUUUUAUUUUUAAUUAAAACCAAUAAUACAAAUAAUUAAGAGUAGAAAAAUUUGUAUAGAUAUUUUUGAAUGUUUUUUUUAAAAAUCACAUGUUAUACUGGUGCGUAAAAAUCCAGUUAUUUAAAUUCUGGUUGAUAACAGUUUAAUUUUAAUUAACAACCAGUCAAAAAGUGUGUGAUUAAAUCAGUCAAAAGUCAGUUUUAAAAUGAAAAUAAAUCUUUUUGAUUAGUUAUUAGAUCAUUGUAGUUUUAUGAAUUAAUCAACUGAUGGUAAAUAUAACAAAUAUAUAUAUAUUUUGUAAUUUAAAAAUAAGUUUAUCAAUUAGAUUAAUAAAUUAAAUAUUUUUCAAAUUUAUUUCAUAUGUUUUAUAUUAAUAAUUUACCUUUUGAGUAUUUUUUUUUUUUUUAGAUAUUAUAAUUUUAAAAAAUCUGGAAAAGAUAGACACUGCUCCUUGAUCUUUCUGAAGGUUUUUCUCAAGUGAAAUUGAGACAGUAAAAUCAAUAUAUAAUAAAUAAUUCUAUAAAAUAAAAUAAUGAAAAAAUAUAUUGUGUUUUUUUAAAAAAACAAAAUCUAUACAUAUUUAAUUGAUUCAAUUUUAAUUGAGCACAAUUUCAAGGAGGAAAAGGAAGAGAGGCCAAAGAAAAAUAUGUGUGAAUUUAAACAAAAUAUAUUCAACUAUAAUUAUCAUUUAUCAUUAAUAUUGAAAUUAGAAUUUUUUAUAUUUGGAAUUAAUACUUAAUUUUUUCGUCUAUUACAAUAUAAAUUAAUAAUAAAAUGAAAUAAAUUUUUCUAUUACAGGUUUACUUAUUAGGUAUUCAUUUAUAAUUACACGUAUGUUUCAUGUUUUGGAAAAUUAAAAAAAUAUAUAUAAAUUA